AUGCAAAAAGAAGAUAAUGGUAUUGAUUCCUUUUCCUCUUCGGUGUCGUUCUGCCUCAGCUUCAACAGCUACGCCUCUGCUAAACUAGCUGAUAUAGCCUCCAAGGUUGGCCAAGAGGAACAACGAAACGACGACGGCGACGAUGAUUUCGAGUUUGUUUCUAUCAAAAACGAUCCCGACGCCUUUCAAUUCUCCUUCGACGGUCAGAUCCCUCAGGGUUUUCCGGUGUUUAAUCAGGAUCUUCUAUUAGAUAAUGAUCAAAAUGAUGAUGAUGAUCAGAAGAUUCGGCUACCGUUGAAGAAUCUGUUCAUCGAGGGAGAUCCGCCGUCGUCUUCGUCGUCAGAUGCCGACGAACUCGAGGGUUUACCAGAGGAAACGUACUGCGUUUGGGUACCAAACAAAAACAACUCACUUGAAUCAUGCCCUUCUCCUAACAGAUGCCAAAAGAGCAACUCGACCGGUUCAUCGUCAUCGUCGGCAGCGGCAAGAUCAUCAAAACGUUGGUUCAAGUUUCGCGAUUUGCUUAAACGAAGCAACAGCGACGGCGGAAAAGACCCGUACGCUUUUCUCAAUAAACCAAAAACAAAUCCUCCUCCUCCUCCUGUUUCUGUUUCUAAAGCGAAAGAGAGCAUGAGUGAGGUCAAAGCCACCGUUAAAACGAAACCCGUGUCGGCACACGAAGCAUUUUAUGUGAAAAACAGAGCCAUCAAACAGGGCGACAAGAAGAAAUCAUAUUUGCCAUACAGACAAGACUUACUGGGAUUUUUCGCCAGUAAUGUUAACAGCAUGGGCAAAAGUUUUCCACCAUUUUGA